AACGACAGCCCCCUAUAAGAACUCGGCUUCUUUACCCAAGCCCUUUAUUUGAACGUGGCUUGGCCAAAGUGAACGUUUGCUGUUAGAAAUUUGCGACGGAAUCGCGAUCGUAACUUGUGAAAAGUUUUCAAUCGCCUGUAAGGGUCACUUGGGGCGGCGACGGCCUUGUUAAUCAGUAUCUUUGUAUUGGAGCUGUCAACUCUCUGAUUGAUAAGUGAAUUGAGUCAUUUGGUUUUCAUUCCCAUCAAGCAAAUUGGCCUGGACUGGAUCGAGCGAUCGACUCGCGAGGAAGAACAGAAUUGUGACAGUGUUACAUGGUCUACAUGCAGUUAUGUGCGACAGUUCAGACGGCAGCCUAACAGGGACAUGAGUUUUCGAUUGAAACGACGAAAAACUGACUUGUGCCGCGUGUUGCUCACGACUUGUUUAUUUCCGCUUCUACUGCUGGUUGUCACAGCAGAGACACAAAAGUGUACGCAAAUUAUCAGCGACCGCUGCACUAUGCCGUACAUUAGGACUAGAAAAGCGGUCGGUGAGAACAACCAAGAAAUCUGCACCGCUUUGGCUGUUUAUUUACGCUGCAUAGAGGACGUAAAAAAGACAGUCAAAAGUUGUCGCUCAGAUCUUCAAUUUCUUACAAUAUCGACUUUGAUACCGAUGAAAAUGAAAGCCCGAAAUUGUGGGAAUAUUUCGCUUCCUACAAACGAAACAGCUCUGAUCGGUACAAAGUCUCCAACUAAGCCAACCACGAAACGACCUGGUUGUUUGAACUUUACAUCUGAGGACCUCAAACCUUCUAAAGAACAAAUUAGGCUAAACCCACACCAUUUUCGAUUGUGUGCAUUAUUCGGGGACCCACAUUUAAAAACAUUUACGGAGGAACGUCAAACUUGCGUCGUUCAGGGAGCGUGGCCGCUUAUUGACAAUAAUUAUUUCUCUGUGCAAGUUACCAACGUGCCGCUGGUAGCGGGUUCAAGCGCUACAGCCACGAACACCAUCACAGUGCUGAUAAAAGCGAAUGGAAAGGGCUGCGUAGAUCAGAAAAUUUACCGAGCCGAAGCGAGUUCGCUUCCCGCUGAGUUCCAUGAUGGAACACAACGGACUGGACCUGCAGACUGCCCCGCUGAAAUCUUCCAGAGGAAAAAGGGACGUCGAUUUCAUAUUGAGAUAAAAAUCUGUUACAUCAGCACCACGAUCAUUAUCCGACAGGUCGGAGAUUUUCUGACAUUUCACGUUAAAAUUCCCGAGCAGCUUCUGUCUUCUGUCCCGUCUACGGGACUCUGUGUAACGGGAUGUCCUUCUCGCCAAAGAAUUGACUACCGAGAGCUAUUAUCAUUUACGGACAAUCAACUCGCGAAAAUGCGUCCACGGAGGAGCAAAAUGUCUCGCGCAGAGGCCUAUGCUAACUGCACUGAAACGAAAAUCACGGGCUUCUAUCUGGAUUCAUGUUUAUUUGAUCUUUUGACAACGGGAAACGUGAAUUUUACAGCCGCUGCGUGGCACGCUUUAGACGAUUCAUUCCUGCUGGAUGAAAUUGGAACAUUGAGAGACCUACAGUCGUACAAUACGACGGAACCACGGACAGACAAGCCAACAUGGCCAGUUAAAAUACCAGUUUCAAGUUCACAGACACUGUCUCAUUCAUUCGCCAUUCUCACGGUUCUACUGUUUUCCUUGUUCAUUUUGGCAAGAUAACUAGAGCCGAAAUGCGCAUAAUGGCAGUUUCAAAGUACAGUAAUUUAUGAUCUGUAUCGGCGAUUCUUAUCUGUGGCCUGUCAAGAAAUUCCAGUUGAAGUGAGAUUAUUUCAAUCUUUCAAAAUCUACUUGUAGUUUUUAAGAGUGCGACGCAUUUUUGAGACGGCGGACCGAAACUAAAUCGGUGUAGAUAUCCCGCGAAAGUGAAAGAUUGUUUAUGAAAUUGUCAGAAAUGUACAUACCGUUUGUAAGAAAAAAAAUUCGUCACUUGAGUAUUAGAGACAUACAUUUUUAUAUCUUUAUGCCAAUAUUUUUCUUCGGGCACCGGAUCAGAGGGCAAGUGCAUAGAAAUUUAUUUGUUUUAUACAUUCUCAAUUAAUUUAUGAAAUCCACAGUACAAGCAUUUUGACAAUGCACACAAGAAACACACACACACGCUGAAAUGUUCGAAUAAAUCUGAUCAUCAAUUGAGA